AAUUAAUAAGGAUACACCACCCCCAAGUAUUUUGUUCAUUAUUAGCUAUACUAAUAGAUGAGAAUGUAAAAUGACCACAUAAUUAACUUAUCGAAUGUAUUCAAGGUCAAAGAAAAUACUUCAGCUAUUAGGAAGACUUAAUUCUAAAUAUAUAUAUCUUUAAAUGUUCUAUAUUGUAUAAGAUGAAUACCACUGGAUCGUUAAAUCCUACAAUUCCAAAUCAAAAUAAUAUUCUUCAUACAAAUUUAUUGUAUAGAAGGGAUUUACUUGAUUAUUUAUUAAAUUAUAUGAUAAAUAAUAAUCGAAUGGAUAUUUUAUGCUCAAACUCAUUUAUUAUGGAUUCGUUGUUAAAUGUCAAUUCACAAUUAAAUCAUAAUACUGUAUUACAUAAUAGUCAAUUUUAUUCAAAUUUAAUCUCUUAUUUAUUUCCUAUGGAUUUAAAUGUUAAUAUAUUACAACAACGUCAAAACCCCCAGAUACAAAAUUGGAUUAAUGAUUGGUUAGUUAAUAAUAACCAUAGCAAUAAUAAUGAUAAUAAUGAUAAUAAUAAUAAUAAUAGUAAUAAUAAUAUUUCGGAUCCAACAUUAGUAUACCUUAGAGUAGCUACUCAAUGUAUUCUACGCUACUUAUUAACAACAAAUCAUUAUCAACAAACUUUAUAUUUGAAUUCUUUUCUUCAUUCUAAUUAUUCAUCAACAUUGACUACAUAUAAUACAACUAAUCAGAAUAAUAUAUUAUUUCAAUCAAAUAAAAAUACAUUAGAAUCUAAUUAUAUAAUAAAUGAAAAUUCAUCUAUUACACGUAUAAAACGUUAUAAGUGUACUUAUCCAAAUUGUACAAAAGCAUAUUAUAAAAGAUCUCAUUUAAAUGAACAUUAUCAUUUACAUACUGGUGCUAAACCACAUUUAUGUAAUCAACCUGGUUGUAGUGCAAGAUUUACACGUGCUGAUCAAUUAUCACGUCAUAGACGUGCACAUACUGGUGAACGUAAUUUUCGUUGUAAUGUUUGUUUAAAACGUUUUAAACGUAGUGAUCAUUUAAAGGUACAUUUAACUAGGAAUGUAUGUACAAAAUUUAAUUUAUAAAAAAAAUUUCCUAUAUAUUU